UCCCGUUGUUUACCAGGGACCUAUAUUUCACGAUGGAAUGAAAGAGUGGAGCUGUUGCAAGAAAAAAAGUCAUGACUUCAGCUUGUUUAUGGAUAUUCCAGGAUGCAAAACGGGUACACACACAACUGAGAAGCCUGUGCUCACCAAGGCCGCCCCAAGUCGAAGGAACCCCACUCCUGUUCCUAGUCCUGUCUCAGGUCCUACAACAGCCACAUCAGCAAAAGACACUUGCUCUAGGUGCAGACAGGGGUUUUUCUGCUCAGACCACGGUUCAAAGCCAAAUCCCAAACCAGUGGAUUCACAAGCAGCUGCCGCUGCAGAAGUGACUGUAACUGCUUCUGCUCCCCCCCGGAAGGCAAUCGACAUAACUGAGCCUCAAAUAUGUAAGAAUAAGGGAUGCGGUCAAACAUUUAAAGAGAUUGAUAACCAUGAUGCUGCAUGCAGCCAUCAUCCCGGGCCUGCCGUUUUCCACGACCGAAUGAGAGGGUGGAAAUGCUGUGAUGUUCAUGUGAAGGAAUUUGACGAGUUCAUGAACAUUCCACCUUGCACAAAGGGAUGGCACAGUGCUGAUCCGUCAUCAUAGGCAGACGCUACUUCGAGGUGUUUUCACUCUCUUUCCAUGAUGAACUGCACAAAUUCAAUCUUUCUAACCUGAUUUCUUGCGACCAACUUGGAAUUCAUGUUUAGCCUCUGCUUCUUCUUCUAAAAGCUGUUCUUAUUUUGAAUAGGUAGCAUUUUCGAACGUUUUUAAGGGGUUUUGCAUUGAGGCCGGAACUGUGAAAACGCGUGCCUUUGAAGAAACAAAUGAGCAUUUGGGCAUGUCCAAAUUGAACAUUUGAUGUCACUUUUGAUCUUUUUCCUAAACCUUUCCCUCGGAACAAUGGUUGCUAAAUCUGAUUAAAGCAAACUUAGGAAAUUAAAUCACUAUGGAGCUCGGAUUUGCAAUAGAUUGACAAACUAACUGCAUAGAGUAUGUCAAAUCUCUAUUAUAUAAGUCAACUAUUGAGGUGACGUUAAAAGAGUAAUUUCCCUUUAACCUUA